UAAUAAAAUGAUGAGACAAUCUAGCUUUAUGUUGAUGGUUCUGAUUGGACUCCAUACAGCAAAAGCUGACGCUUGUUCAGAUGAUCAACUGAAAUGCCAUGGGUCAGACCAAUGCUAUCCACAGGAGAAAAGAUGUGAUGGGUUUGCAGACUGCGGAAAUAGCACUGAUGAAUAUGGGUGUGACGCAUGUGUUGACGGUGCUUUUCACUGUUCAAAUGAGAAAAAAUGCAUCCCUAGUGAAUGGCAUUGUAAUGGAAUUGACGAUUGCGACGGAGAAGAUGAAAAGUCCUGUACAGCAUGUAACAGUUAUGCUUUCCUGUGUGCAUCGGAUAAGACAUGUAUUAGAUCGAACUGGGUAUGCGACUCAUGGCCAGACUGUUGGCAUGGUGAAGAUGAACUCGGAUGUCAAAAUGAUGUAUGUGGUGAUGAUGAAUUUAAAUGUUUCGAUCCACAUUUUAGAUAUCAAAAAUGUGUUCCUCAGGAUAAAAUAAACAAUGGCAUGAACGAUUGUGGAGACUGCUCUGACGAGGCAUAUAGGGAUAAUUGUAUUAAUGAUGGGUGUGGUGAUAAUGAAUUUAAAUGUCACAAAGAAUGUAUUCCUAUCGAAAAAAUGCGAGAUGGCAUUGAUGAUUGUGGAGACUGCUCUGACGAGUUUUUUUCGGACGAUUGUAUGAAUUUGGAAUGUAACAACGAUGAAUUCCUGUGUACAGCGGAUAGGAUAUGUAUUGCGUCGGACUACGUAUGCGACUCAUACCCGGCUUGCAGUGAUGGUAAAGAUGACAUCGGAUGUCCACAUGAUGGGUGUAGUGAUGAUGAAUUUAAAUGUAACAAUACAUCUCCAAGUCUUCCAAAAUGUGUUCGUGCGGAAAAAAUAAACGAUGGCACUGAUGAUUGUGGAGACUGCUCUGACGAGGCGUUUAGAUUUGGUUGUGUCUACGGAAAACCCCAUCCCCUACAAUCACUACCAGGUCUACCAUAUCUAUUUCCAAUACCGCAACGUCGAGCACGAAAUUUACCAAACGCUCAUGGACAAAAGAAGAAGAAAAAUGAGGGUACAGAGCAGACAGUAGCCCAUGAACAAAGAGGGAAGAUCGGUGAGGGAACAGUGCUCCCAGUAACCCGAAAACAAAGGAGAAUGAAAGAUGAGGAUACAGUGCACAUCGCAGCAAGCGGUAAUACAGAUAUUGAUGCACAUAGGCAAGUUCUGAGACGAGGCAAAUCUCAUUUGAAGGACAACUUGAGGAAUUCGCUAUUACGCAGUAAGACAGAUGACAGAUUAACUAAGAGAGUACUUAGUCGUAGAGAAAUGAAUAAAAGGAAAAGGGAAAAGAAGUCAAAAUAACUGUUCUUAUCUAGACAUUUAUAUUAUUGCUUCACAUUCUACUCUAUUUUUCAUUUGUUCUAUUCAUUAUAACAAUAAAAAAUAUUUUGUA